CCAGAAUGAGCGAGCCUGGUCUUUUGCCUCCAAGGUGAAAUGUAUUGCCUCAUUCAUGUUUCAGGACAGCAAUAUCCCAAGCCAGUGAGAGAACCAGAGGAGAGCUCACUUCUCCCAAUAUCCCAUAUUCUGGGUCUCAGUGACCUUUCAAAAGCUCCCCAUGAAGUGCCACUAUCUGGGUGCCUCAGGAUGUGGAUCCGAGACUCAUGCAGUGUGAGGCUGGCAAAGCAAGGAGGCCAAUCUGACCUACUGAAGCACUGCACUCCUGUGGUGAUGAAGUCCCCUCCAGCAGCCUGUGCUGCCCCUGUCUGGUUCUCACACUGCCAAUCCACAGCGAUGGAGGAGCCUUGGAACURUGUUUCCUCUCAGCCAGAUGAUAUGAUUCAAGAGUUUAAGGCUGAUGGCCAUCAUGGUAGCAGUUACAAGGAAAGAAGAGGGCCUUUUGGUUUUGCUCUGAAAAGUGUUUGGCAGCAGGAUGCUGAAGACAAAAUGCAGAGAAAAAGAAGGAAGGUAAAGCUCCCAACUGUAAGCCCUAAAUAUCCAAGCAGAAUGCCGACUGUUUCUACAAACAAGGAAUUCAGUGAAGCAAAUAAGCUUUCCUUCCCACACGUAUUUGUAUUUACAGGCCCAUUCAGAAAAAAAGUGAAGCAGUAAAUUUUAGCAAAUUCAUAAGCAAGGUUUCAGCAAUGCACUGAAUGGGACAAAAAAUUGCAGAAACAUCAGAAAAUAGUGAGUACUCUGAAGGUAACGUUUUUGAAAGCUGUUUCUUUUAAAAUGAGCUGAGCUCUCAAGGUAACAGCAGAGGGCAGCCUCAAUAUUUGUGUGGCU